AUGAAUGUGUAUACUGUUUUUGACUUUGACGAGAAUCGGAUUGGGUUUGCGAUGCGGGCGGAUAACGAAGGUUCUUCCGAUCCUUCCUCCCCUAACCAAAAGCCACCCACAGCUUCAGGAUCCCCGCGCGUCUCCCCCGUCGGACCUCCCAGCGAGGUUAACAGCGGAGGACCGAAACCCGCCGAAUCCUCUCAGAAAAACCCUGAUUCAUCAGAUGGAGUGAAAGGCUUAAGUAUUUCGUCCACUGCUCCAUUGCUAUGGACGCUUGUUUUGUUAUCGUCAACUUUGUCUCCUUGGUGA